AUGGCUCGAGUACUUGAAGGGAAAUUCGGCAUCGUCACUGGCGGAUCGCGGGGAAUUGGCGAAGCAAUUGCCCGCAAUCUGGCCGAAAAGGGGUGCUCAUUACUACUGAACUUUACUUCAGAGUCCUCGCGCGCUCCCACCGAAGCAUUGUGCUCCUCCUUAGCCACAACCCAUAACAUCAAAUGCGAGAGCGUGCAAGCCGAUCUAAGCAAGCCUACUGAAGCUGUGACAGCCAUUAUCGACGCCGCCAAAGAACAUUUCAGCACCGAGGGCAAACUCCAAAUCGAUAUUUUGAUCAAUAAUGCUGGCGUAUCGCAAGACCGGAACUUGAACGAUGCCACCAAGGGCCCCAUCGAGGCCGAGCACUUCAACUGGCAAUAUGCGAUCAACGUCCUCGCCCCGCUCCUCCUCACACAGGCAUGCGCCCCCUUCCUUCCCACCGACCGAAGCGGCCGUAUCGUGAGCAUCUCCAGUGUAUCCUCAUCCCUCGGUUUCGUGGGCCAGUCAAUUUAUGGUGGUACCAAGGCUGCCAUUGAGGCGAUGACUCGCACCUGGGCACGUGAGCUGGCAGACCGUGCGACUGUUAAUGCCGUUAACCCCGGCCCGGUUGUUGGUGAUAUGUACUUUGCGACCGGAGAGCAGUUCUGGAAGGAUAUCCAGGGGUACCAGGAUAACACGCCGAUGAGCAAGUUGGAUGUGAAUAACCAGGACACUAUGAGUCGCUUGACUGAUGAGCAGAAGCGGUUGAUUCAGGAGAAGAUGGGUGGUCGUCGACCUGCUUUCACUAGUGAGGUCGCGGGUGUUGUUGGCAUGUUGUGUACACCCGAUGGUCUUUGGUGUACCGGCAGUGUGGUCUGUGCCAACGGUGGCAUGAAGAUGGGACAAUAA